GGAUUCUGCAGUCUACUUCCGUUUAAUGCUAAAACCUAGUAACCUGGGGACUCCGAAGAUUAGGGAAGUGGAAACCCUCGCCUCUACCAUCCAUGUUUUCCCCGGCGACAAGGAAAUCUUCACUACUUCGGCAGAAAGAUCGUAAUCAAUGGGGUCAUGGAGCUUCGGCUCCACUCGUUUCAUCUCCGUCGACGCCUCUUCCUUCAGAACAGGCGGGCGGCCCUUUUUUGAACACUUCAAUCCCCAACCGUCCGAUCACCGGCACGCCAGCUCCCUGGGUCACUCGUCCAUCUGUGGCCGUGAGAAUGCCGACUACGAAGAAUUUUGAGAAGGGAACUGAGCUUGAUCAAACAAAACCAGUUUAUGUUGGGGACUUUCCUCGUCAUCUUCGUGAUGUACAGGAGGAACUGCUGCAUGUGGCUGCUUCUGGUGAUAAGUUGUUCACAGGUGGCAUGGAUAAGGGAGCAGGACUUUGUUGGAUAAUAUCCAGAAAUAAGCUCUAUAUAUGGAGCUAUUUAUCAGCUUCUCUUUCGAACAAAUGUGUAAUCCUUGAGAUACCUUCCUCUGUUGUAGAAAUAAGAGAUGGAGACAAAAAGGCAAUGCAUUCUAAUUAUUGGAUGGUUUGCAUUGUUAGAUGGGAUGCUGUUUCUGCAAAGAUUGACAAGGUGUUAGGACAGUGCGAUUCUGCUGGUGUCAUAAUUUGCAAUAUGAAAACUCAAGUUGUUGUUUAUUGGCCUGACAUUUUCCUGGAAAGCAGAAACAUGCCAGUUAUUGGCCUUCCAACUCACCUGGAAGUCAGUGAAACCAAUUUUCAUGGUGAAGGUAGAAAGGGUGCCAACGGGCACCAAGAAAUUUGUUUAGUGGGAAGCGUUCACUUGUCUGAGCACGAUUAUAUUAACUCUAUUAUUGCUGCCCCAAUUCCUUACAGCUCUAAAGAGUGCAUUGCAAUAGCUUGUCAAUCUAAUGGCAAGUUGUGGCAUUUCCAUUUUACUCAAUCUGGAAUUUUUAGGAAAAAGGUCCCUCAUGACAUAUUUGGUGCUAGUUAUGUUAGUUAUUCUCAAACAAAUAAAAGGUAUGCAAGAUCACUCAUUUGGCAUCUUCAGCCACAUGCAUGCUCAGAAAAACUUGGUUGUCAAUUCUUUUUGUUGACAGACCGUGAAGUUCAGUAUUGGAAUGUCAUGCUCACACCUGAGGUAAAUGUAGUAAAACUAUGGGCUAACGAGAUUGUUGGUAAUGAUGGUGAUCUGGGCAUUAAGAAGGAUCUGGCAGGGCAGAAACACAUCUGGCUUUUGGACAUGCAAGUGGAUGAACGUGGUAAAGAAAUUAGUAUACUUGUAGCAACAUUUUGCAAGGACCGGUUAGGUGGUUCGAGCUAUACUCAAUAUUCUCUCCUGACAAUGAUAUGCAAAGCUGGAAAGAACAUUAACAUAGAAAAUCCUGGAGCAAUGAGUGCGAGGGUAUUGGAGAAGAAAGCACCUCUUCAGGUUAUAAUUCCUAAGGCAAGAGUGGAGGAUGAAGAGUUCUUGUUUUCUAUGAGGCUUCGUAUUGGAGGCAAGCCUUCUGGGUCUGCAAUGAUAUUAUCAGGGGAUGGUACUGCAACUGUGACCAAUUAUCUCAGAGGUUGCGUACGACUUUAUCAGUUUGAUUUACCAUAUGAUGCUGGAAAGAUUCUAGAUGCUUCUGUUUUCCCUUCUGCAGACGAUGAUGAAGAAGGGGCAUGGGUUGUGCUGACUGAAAAGGUAGGAGUGUGGGCUAUACCUGAGAAGGCAGUUUUACUUGGCGGAGUUGAACCUCCUGAGCGGAGCCUAUCACGAAAAGGGAGCUGCAAUGAAGGAAUCACACAAGAGGAAAAUAGAAUUCAGGCGUUUGGCGGGAAUAUGGCUCCUAGAAGAGCAAAUUCUGAGGCAUGGAAUGGUGGGGACAGACCAAGAUCAGCCAUAACUGGCGUUGUGCAGAGAACUGCCCAAGAUGAAGAAGCGGAAGUUUUACUUGGUCGGCUUUUUUGUGAUUUCAUGAUAUCCGGUGAAGUUGAAGGUGCUUUUGAGAAGCUUAAUUUAAAAGGAGCAUUUGAAAAAGAAGGAGAAACAAAUGUUUUUACUCGCAUGAGCAAAUCUAUUGUGGAUACACUGGCCAAACAUUGGACUACAACUAGAGGAGCUGAGCUUGUGGCAUCAGCUAUUGUGUCUUCCCUUUUAUUAGAUAAACAACAAAAACAUCAAAAAUACCUUCACUUUCUUGCUCUGUCCAGGUGUCAUGAUGAACUUUCUUUCAAGCAAAGGCAUGCUUUGCUGUCCAUCAUGGAACAUGGUGAAAAGCUUUCCAGUAUAAUCCAACUACGGGAGUUACAGAACGUAAAUAGCCAAAAUCACUUAAAUAAUGCAGAUACUCCCUCUUCUUUCUCGGAGAUUUGGCGGGGUGGUUCUCUAUGGGACCUCAUUCAAUUAGUUGGAGAUAAAACUCGUAGAAAUACGGUAAUGCUUAUGGAUAGAGAUAAUGCUGAAGUAUUUUACAGCAAAGUUUCUGAUAUAGAAGAAUUCUUUUGUUGUCUUUCUCAUCACAUUACUUAUAUCAUUAGUGAAGAUCAGCCAUAUAAUAUUCAAAUGCAACGCGCUUAUGAAGUUUCGAAUGCAUGUACAAUUUUAAUUCAGUCGGCCAUGCAAUAUAGGAUAGAAAACUAUACCUGGUAUCCCUCUCCUGAAGGAUUGAUACCUUGGAAUUGCCAGCCAGUGGUCAGGUCAGGUUUAUGGUGUAUAGCAUCUUCCAUUAUGAAACUGUUGAAACAAUCAUCUGUAAUUGACAUCUCAAGAAAAUCAGAUUUGUGGUCUCAGUUAGAGAAACUAACUGACAUCCUACUGGAGGCAUAUACUGUUUCUAUCACUUCAAGAGUUGAACGAGGCGAGGAGCAUAGGGGUUUGAUGCAAGAAUACUUGAGGAGGAGGGAUGAACUACUUGAUUCUUUAUUGGAACUAACCAAACGAUUUGCUGAUGCAAACUACCAGGAUAAAUGCAAGGGUGUUGAAGAUCUUGAGGUUAAAGAAAAUAUUUUUAGAGAGGUUUCUUUGCCACUACUAGCAAUUGCAAAAAGGCAUGAAGGUUAUCCCACAUUAUGGCAUAUAUGUUAUCAUCUUAAUGAUUCUCGCCUCCUGAGGAACCUAAUGCACGAUAGUCGUGGACUGAAAGGAGGAUUUAGUAAUUUUGUAUUUGAGCAGUUGAUAAAAAACCAUCAAGUUGCUAAACUGCUGAGGCUUGGAGAAGAGUUCCGGGAUGAGUUGGCCAGUUUUCUGAAGGAUCAUAGUGAUCUGUUGUGGCUUCACGAGAUAUACUUAUCUCAGUUCUCCUCUGCUUCAGAAACUCUUCAUACUUUGGCCCUAUAUCAAGAUGACAGCUCGUCUUUGAUUGAAGGACGAGAUUUUGUGCAAAUCAAGAUGCCAUCUUCUAUGGCUGAUAGAAGGCGUCUGCUCAACCUAUCCAAAAUUGCCGUGGCAGCAGGUAAGAAAGAGGGUUUUGAGCUGAAGAUGCUUCAUAUAGAGGCAUUUCUCCAUAUUCUGAUGUUUCAGGAAGAAGUGUUGGCAUGUUUCUCUGAUAAUGAAGGAAGACCAGAUAUGAACAAGCUAAUACCUCCUGUAGAUCUCAUUGAGAUGUGCUUGAGAGGGAGAACUCAAAAGCUGGCUUUACUUGCAUUUGAAAUAUUUGCUUGGAUGGGCUCUUCAUUUCGUAAUUCAAAUCGAAGCCUUCUCGAUGAAAGUUGGCGAAAUGCAGCUGAUCAGGAUGAUUGGGUAGCUCUAGCCAAUCAAUCAACGACUGAAGGAUGGAGCGAUGAAUUGGUCCUCAAGAAUAUUAGAGAAACCAUUCUCUUCAAAGCUUCGUGCCGGUGUUAUGGGCCAGAAGCUCAGGCAUAUGAAGGAGGUUUCGAUGAGAUCUUGCCGCUAAGAAAGGAUGAAAUAGACUUCACAAGUCCGAAGGAAUCGGGUUCGUCGGUUGAAACCAUCUUGAUGCAGCACAAGAGUUUUCCAGAUGCAGGCAAGUUGAUGCUUACUGCAAUAGUUUUGGGAAGGGAAAGCAUUGGUAUCAUUCCAGAAGCUGACGAAGAGUUGGCAAUGGAGUCAUGAUUAACAUGAAGAAUGAGUCUACUGGGUCAUAAAGUUACACAAGCAUUUUGAUUUUCUGGUACAGGAUAACCCAGCUCAAGAUCAGCUCAUAGAUGUUUAUGAUUCAACCUGUAUUAAGUUAAAAAUAGUAUAAUUUUUUUUCUAUCUUAAAUUCUUUAUCCAAUAUGAACUGGGUAGGUUUGGUUUGCUGACUUGAAGCUAAUUUCAAAUUAAUUUUGAGGAAAAAAAAAAAAGGUUCAGAUUAUGAUCGAACCCAGUUUAGAGUAAUAUCUAAUUUUUCAAGAUCAAUGAUUCAUACUAAUUGCUCCUUGUGAGUAUA